UUUCGACCGCCAAAAAUUGAGAGCUCGCAUUUUUAUCCCCGGAUUCCGAAGAAAAUAAGCAAUUUUAAGGCAAAAACAGUAAAUUAAACGUAAAUUUAAGAGUUUAUAACGCAAGAAGUCGUAUUAGUUUCAUUGUUCAAUUUGUUGUUAAUCGUUACGAAGGUCAAAGUUCACAAAAAUGGCAGAAAAACCCGAAGAAUUGGAAACGCAAGAAGAAAAAUUGCAACGCGCCAAGGAAAUGUUUGGGCGCGGAAGUCGAAACUACUACGUGAAAGCGUAUGCCGAAGCAGCUGACGACUUGAGUCAAGCAUGUGCGAUCUUUGCGGAAAUUCAUGGAGCCACAGCUGACGAAUGCGGGAUGCCCUAUUUGUUGUAUGCCAAGAGUAUGAUCGCCAUUGGGCAACAAGAGACCAAAGUUUUGGAUGUUCCGAGCGAAGAUGAGGAGGAAGAAGGAGAAGGCGGCGAUGAGGAAGAUGCUGAUGGAACAAGCAGCAAAGAAGAAAACGUCGAAGAACAAAAAGAGCCUGAAAAAGUCAACGGAACGUCAUCAGCUGAAGAAAAACCCGCCACAAAUGGUCAUACCAUCGUCGAUGCUCAACCGGGAACCUCUUCAGGCGUCACAGCAAACGGCAAUUCCGAGACCGAAGAAGAUGCCCAAUCCGAAGCCAACAACUUGGAAGUCGCAUGGGAAAUUCUCGAACUUGCUGCGAUCAUUUUUGCACGUCAAGGCGAAGCUGCUUACGAGAACUUGGCAGAAGCUUUGACCGAACUUGCUGUUAUUUCGUUCGAAAAUAGUCACUUUGACAUCGCCAUCAAAGAUUACAUGAAGGCUCUCGACGUGCACAAUCGCAUGGAAAAGCAAAAUCGUCGACAUGUCGCGGAAAUUUACUUCCAAAUCGGCUUGUCGUACUUGAUGUUGAACGAUUUCGACGAAUCCAUCAAAAAUCUGCAGAAGGCGAGUGAAGUGUUGAGUGCUGAAAUCGACGUUUGGAAGAUCAAGGAUCAAACGGAGGAAACUGCGGCGACAAUUAAAGACUUGGAAGAGACACGAGAGGAAAUUCGCUUGAAAAUUGUCGAAGUUGAGGAAACGAAACAAGUCUCCGUCGAAGAAGUCAAACGCGAAUUAGAAAAACUUCUCAAUCAUGAACCCGAAAAGUCAGCAAAUGCUCCGGCUUCGUCGUCAUCAAGUUCGAGUUCAAGCGCAGCGCCAGCCGCAAAAGCUAAUGAUAUUUCGCACUUGAUUAAACGCAAGAAGCCAGAUGCCCCAACUGAAGUUGAUGUCGAUGCUUCUCCCGCUAAGAAACAAAGUAUCGGCGAAUAAAUUUUUAGACAGUUAAUUUUAUUGUUGAGCUAUAUCGUGCUCGUACUUCUCAUGUUUUUUUUUACUUAUUUACUCUAAUUUAAAAAAUUGUACUGAAUAAAUAUUAAACUCUUACUUGUAUUA